GAUGUUUGGUGCUCGAAAUAGUAGAGGUUUGUUUUGGUUUCACGAGGCGUCGCAGGCAGACGCUACGAAAUUGCAUUUAUUCUGUUUUUACGGCCAAUUAGUGAGUAAAAGAUAGUUAUAAUCAUGAAGAAUGUGCUAAUGGUUGCGGAGAAACCAUCCCUGGCUGCUUCCCUGGCUAACAUUCUCUGCACGGGGAAACUCAACACGCGGAAAGGUCUCAAUAACGCCUGCUCUAUCCAUGAGUGGCGCGGCACCUUCCAGGGUGAAGCGGUGACGUUCAAGAUGACUUCGGUGUGCGGGCACGUCAUGUCUCUCGACUUCAUUGGGAAGUACAACUCCUGGGAUAAGGUGGACCCCAUAGAGCUUUUCACGUGCCCUACGGAGAAGAAGGAAGCCACUCCCAAGCUGAAGAUGCCGUACUUUUUGGCUCAAGAGGCGCGUGGGUGUGAUUAUCUGGUGCUGUGGCUAGAUUGCGACAAGGAGGGCGAGAAUAUCUGCUUUGAAGUGAUGAAUGCCGUCUCAAAGUCCAUCAGGAAUGUGUUUUCUAAUAGUGUCACCUUCAGAGCGAGAUUCUCUGCCAUCACGGAAAAGGAUAUCCGCAUGGCGAUGAACAAUCUGGCGCAUCCCAAUGAGAAUGAGGCGAGAAGUGUGGAUGCCAGACAGGAAUUGGACUUGAGGAUUGGGUGUGCUUUUACGCGAUACCAGACGAAGUUCUUCCAGGGGAGAUACAGUGACUUGGACUCUUCGCUUAUUUCAUAUGGACCUUGUCAGACGCCAACGCUGGGAUUUUGUGUCCAGCGACACGAUGCCAUACAGAUGUUUAAGCCGGAGACUUUCUACUAUCUGCAGGCAAACGUGGGAAACCCUGAAGUGACACUGGAAUGGUCACGAGUGAGAGUGUUUGAGAAGGAUAUCGCUCAGUUGUUCCACAAUCGCGUGCGGGAUGUGAGAGAAGCUGUAGUGGAGAGCGUCAAGACGAAGGAUAGCUUCAAAUCUCGCCCUCAAGCUCUGAACACAGUGGAAUUGAUGAAGGCAGCUAGCUCAGGAUUGGGUUUGGGUCCUCACACUGCCAUGCAGAUUGCGGAGAAGUUAUACACGCAGGGAUUUAUCAGCUAUCCUCGCACGGAAACUACGCAGUACUCACCAAAUUUCGACCUGAAUGGCACUGUGAGACUGUUCCAGAGCUCAUCGGAGUUUGGAGAGGAGGCACGUGCGAUUCUAGGGGACUUUAAUCAGCCGAGGAAGGGUGUAGAUUGUGGAGAUCAUCCUCCAAUCACACCUAUGAAAUGUGCCAGUAGAUCAGACUUUGACUCAGACACUUGGCGUCUCUAUGAUUACAUUUGUCGCCACUUUCUGGCCACAGUGUCGCGAGAUUUGAAGUAUAAAACCACGCACUCGAAUCUGCGAAUCGCAGAGGAACUUUUUACAGUCACAACAAAUGUUCUGGUUGAUGCUGGUUUCACGCGUGUCAUGACUUGGCAAGCUUUCGGGAAGAAUGAAAAAUCCCCCUUCGUCGAGGGUGAAGUGGUGAAGGUGAAUAAUAUCAAGAUAGCUGAGAGUCAAACGGGUCCUCCGGAUUAUCUCACGGAAUCCGAGUUGAUCAGCUUAAUGGAGCAACACGGCAUUGGUACGGAUGCCAGCAUCCCGGUGCACAUCAAUAACAUCAGCCAGAGGAAUUAUGUGACUGUGGGCUCAGGAAGGCGUCUAAUCCCCACAACUCUGGGAAUUGUGCUCGUACACGGAUAUCAGAAGAUCGAUCCUGAACUCGUUUUGCCCACCAUGAGAUCAGCGGUGGAGAAAAUGUUGAAUUUGAUAGCUCAGGGAUCGGCAAACUUCAAUAAUGUCCUGAAUCACGCUCUGGAUAUAUUCAAGAUGAAGUUUGCCUUCUUCGUUACGAACAUCGGCAAUAUGGACACGCUAUUUGAGGUGUCUUUCUCUUCCCUUGCCGACUCGGGGAAGUCUUUCUCGCGGUGUGGCAAGUGCAGGCGCUAUAUGAAGUACAUCCAGAUGAAGCCCGCUCGUCUGCACUGCUCAAAUUGCGAUGAUACGUACGCAUUGCCUAAUGGGGGCACCGUUCGUGUGUAUCGCGAGCUGAAGUGUCCAUUGGAUGACUUUGAGUUGGUGGCAUUCUCGAGCGGUGUCAAGGGCAGAUCUUACCCACUCUGUCCAUAUUGCUACAAUAACUCACCAUUUCCGGACAUGCCACGCAAUAGUGGCUGCAAUCAGUGUCCGAAUCCGACCUGUGCGCACUCCCUCACGUCCCAAGGCGUAUCAGGAUGCGGUGAGUGCAGCCGAGGUGUGCUCGUUUUGGACUCCACAUCAGCACCGAAAUCUUGGAAGUUGGGGUGCAACUCUUGCGAUGUGAUCAUCAAUGUAUUCAAGGAUGCCGCGAAAGUGUCCGUAGAAGAGGAUGCGUGCGAAGAUUGCGGAGCUCAGCUGCUCAGCGUGGUGUACAAACAAGAGAGGACAAAGUUCCGCGACGGGUCUGAGGAGAAGACUGGCUGCAUCUUCUGUUCUGAAGACUUCCAGCGCCUCGUGGAGAAGCAUCGAGCUGUGCAUGCCCGGGCUCCAGCUGCCAACCGUCGUGGCCGGGGCGGAAGGGGAGGCCGAGGAGGUGGUGGAAAUCGUGGAAAGCCUCCCAAGGACAAAAUGGCUCAAUUAGCGGCAUACUUUGUGUGACUUCUCAAA